AUGCCUCGCUCUGCGUCCAAGACGUCCAAGAAACGGACUCAACCUGAUUCAGUUACCUCUUCAGCCACUGAUCCUGUUCCAUCAGCUUCUAGUAAGAAAAAGUCGUGCAAAGAGAUGGAUGCAACAGAUCAAUUGUUUUAUAAGUAUGCUAAUACAUCUUCUGGUGUCAUUGAUCCAGAAGGAAUUGAGAAACUUUGCUCCAGUUUGAAAGUUCCUCAUACAGAUAUCAGAAUCUUAAUGCUAGCUUGGAGAAUGAAGGCUGCAAGACAAGGUUACUUCACAAAGGCUGAAUGGAGAAUAGCACUCACGGCGUUAAAAGCUGACACAAUCAACAAAUUGAAGAAAGCUCUUCCAGAACUCGAGAAAGAGGUCAGAAAGCCAUUGAAUUUUCGAGAUUUCUAUGCUUAUGCCUUCAAGUAUUGUUUGACAGAAGAAAGACAAAGGAUCUUAGAAAUUGAGACUAUAUGUAAACUCCUAGAUAUGGUCUUAGGAUCAACAUUCCGUGCCCAAGUUGACUACUUCGUCAACUAUCUAAAUAACCAGAAAGAAUAUAAAGCCAUCGACAUGGACCAAUGGAUGGGAUUCUAUCGAUUCUGCAAUGAGAUAAGUUUCCCAGACAUGAUCAACUACAAUCUAGAACAUUCGUGGCCAUGUAUUCUUGACAACUUUUUUGAGUGGAUGCGUUCAAAACAAGCAUGA